AUGAAUCAAAUAAAAUCCAUUCAAAGAAUCAAUCAAAAAGAACUAGAUGUGGGGAUAUUAUCUGAAGAACAAUCAUGGCACCAUGAAUACAAAGAUCAAGCUUAUAUUUACAUAGGAGGAUUACCAAGAGAUUUAACAGAAGCCGAUAUCUUAACAGUUUUUUCCCAAUUUGGUAUUCCUGUAGAUAUAUUCCUAGUGAGAGAUCAUCAAAGCGGUGAGUCCAAAGGGUUUGCAUAUUUAAAAUAUGAAGACCAGAGAUCUACCAUUCUAGCGGUAGAUAAUUUGAAUGGUACAAAACUAAAUGGAAACACCAUUCAUGUGGACCAUACCUUCUUCGAACCUAGAGAAGAAGCAGAAGAAUAUAGAGAGGCUAUGAGGAAAGAACUUUCAAAAGAUUUCCUAGAUGAUUCACUUACAAAGACAAAAUCGAAUAAGCUUUUGCCCAUUCAGUCAAAAAAAAUAAAAGAUCCGGAGUUAGAAGAUCCAAUGGCAAACUAUAAACCACAUUGA